AUGACCACCCAACCCGACCCCACAACCCAGCACCUCUACACCCCCAACAUCCUCUCCAACACCUCCCUAACCAGCACCAAAUUCCUCACCGCCUGCUUCUCCGGCGCGUGCGCCGGCAUCCUGGGCCUCGAGAACCUCUCCGGCUUCCUCCUCUUCGCGGCGUCGAUGCUGGGUAUGGCGGGCGCGGUGGGCGCGGUGAAGUGUAAAGGCAGACCCGGGCGGUAUUUUCGGGGGGGCAUUUGGGAGGUUGUAUCGUACACGUUCCCCACCCAAGACGCGUCGACCGACCUUUUACAACGCUUUGGCUGCCUACCACUCAAUUACGAGACCCCACCCAUAUAUAAACGCCCUCGAGUUGCUCAGCGGGCUUCAUCUAUGGUCUAUGCUCUGUGGGCUAUUGGGAAGGCUGCGGUCUCUGGGCUGUGGAUGUGGCCUGCGAUCUUCGCGCAGUGGAUGUGGCCUGCUCUACGCUCUAUCAUCUAUUAUUGA